AUGGAACAACAAACAGCACGUAUAAAAUUUAAACAACUUAAAGGUUUCCCUCCCGUAAUUGAUGAUAAACUUGAAACGGAAAUGUUUUUGGUCUCAUCAAAUGAAAUUGUCGAUGUUAUACGUUCAUUUGGUUCCCUUUUUAGUCCAGUUAUUAGUGAUAUGACCGGUAACAUUACCAAAAUUCGCAAAACCUAUGAAAAAGACUGCCAAAAAUUCAAAUAUCUAGAUGAUUUAAUAAUACUCAAUAUUGGUGUCGACAAUACCGCUGCCAAUGCUUUGCUGUGGCUGAAACGCGGCCUCCAGUUGAUAUGCACAUUUUUCGAAAACAUUUACAAUGAUGUGCAGCAGAGCGAUGUCGUCAAGAAACACCUACAAGAUGCCUAUGAGAAAACACUAAAACCUUAUCAUGGUUUCAUCGUACAAAGUACCAUAAAAAUUAUUUACAGUUGGGUACCAACCAGAAGCCAGUUAAUCGGUCAAGGCCCCGAUCAUGAUGAAAACAUUAAAGUCUUAUCCACAUAUUUGCCAACAAUGCGCGGUCAUCUCAAUCGCAUUGAUGAGUUGUUAAAGAAACACAAUUUGGAUGAUAAAAGUAAAGUGUAG